AUGGCGGAUAGAGGAGUCAAGCAUGUGGAAAGGAACAAAGAGGGUGUGCCGAUGUGGGAUGGAGAUCCCACAACCUUCACAGAAUAUGCCGAGAUGGCAGGCCACUGGCAACAGUCAGUGGCCUACCACAAGCGCUACCUAUGUGGACCAAAGCUGCAGGCCGAAUUGAGCGGCUCUGCCAGACGCUUUGUGAUGUCCAUGGCGCCUGGGUGGAUCUCUUUCGAUGGUGGUGUGGACCGUUUGCUCAACCACCUUCGAAUGCAUCUCGGGCAACCACAGCUUUCUGAGAUGUCAGACUACAUGGCCAGAUACUUCAAGAUGAGCAAACGCAAACGGCAUGAGACCAUGAACGAGUACAUCACCAGAAAAGCUGAGUUGUACAUGAGAGCAUGUCAGUCUUUGGACAGGGUCCAACAACGAUACGAGCCGGAAAAGGGCAAGCAGGGAUCCAGCACCAACACGUCGUCCAGGCCGCCCUCACGACCAGGACUCACUACGGAUUUCCUCAAUUCCUUGGACGGGGAUGAUGACUUUGAGGAGUCCCACCACCGAGAGGACCAGCAGCAGAUCGAGAACGAUCCGUGGGCUCAGUGGCAGAAGGAAUCCUCCCAAUGGUGGCAAUCUGAGGAGUGGCACUCAGGAGGUUGGUGGACUGAUUCAUGGGAGAAUCAGACCAGCCGCAUGAAUGAAGAAGGCAUGUCCAUCCUCAACGAUGCUGAAGAUGAAGCACAGCAAGCACUGGUGCAGCUGGAUCGCAACCGCCGCACUUUGCGGGAAGCUCGCGCCAAGCAGCACUAUGUGAAGAUGAGCCGUCAGUACUACCGAUCCAGUACAAGGCCUACUACCAGACCUCGAGCCCAAUACUCCAAGGAGGAUGGACCAGCCAGCAAUGUUGCUUGCUUGUCAUGCGGUGGAAACCACAGAACAUCGCAAUGUCCCAAGAAGACAGCCAAUCACUCCACGGCGGCUACCGCCGAAACCCAAGAGUCAGCACCGUUCAUCUGCUAUGCCCAGGAGCGAGCAGACAAUCAGACCGGCCUUGUGGCCGAAGAGGCCUUGUCGGCCGCUGGCUUGGUGACCACACGCGAAGCAGUGGAACAAGGGAAGGCCAUCAUAGAUGGUGGAGCUACUCGCACUCUUGGCUCAGUGUGGGCAGUUGAGAAAGUGAUGGAGCUCAACGCCGAGCGCUCAGGCGACAACGGCCUUUGCCGUGUGGAUGGAGAGGUCGAAACGUUGAAUGCAGACACCGAAGCACAACCUGAGGAUGUGCACAAUGCCAGUUCAGCAGAGAUCCUGGCGGAGCUCGGUCGCCUGGGCGAGCUGCCCCCCAAAGACUGGAGCAAGCUGGAAUGCCAGAUGCGCAUGGAGGAGCUUCGGGUGGCCCAGGGCUUACACCCCAACCCGAAGGCGCGUCAUGUGACGCCACUGCGCCGCCUGAUGAUUCAGCUCAACCAGGCCUCCACCAAGAAGGACCGCCUGCAGCAGUUCUGCCGAGACUUGGGAGUGACCUACACCGACUCGGACACCAUCCCAGUCCUGCAGCGCCGAGCUGCCCUGACCAUCUACGACAAGGCAGCAUCAACGGCAGAGGACCCAGUGGGGUUCGGCAAGCAUGCCGCUCGCACCUAUGGGGAGAUCCUGGAGCACGAGAAGAACUAUGUGACCUGGGUGAUCCAGACCUACCAGGAAGGGGAAUGCGACCCUCGCUUGGCUCGUCUGGCGCGCUGGCUCCAGGAGGCGAACCACAGGAAGUACGAGACCGAUGCCCAGAUGAUCAAGACCGAGCCCGGAGCGAGCUCGCACAGCUACACCGUGGAGGAGAUGAUCAACGAGGGGUACACCAUGAAGGCCAACCUCCAGCAGAGGGGCGUAGCUUCGAAGAACUCUGUCUCAUCAAAGAGCGUCUCCUCGAGCCAGCUGGAACAGGCCAACCAGCAGAUCCAACAGCUGAUGGCGACUGUGGGUCAGCUUCAGAGCGAGAUGAAACAGAUGAAGUCAGAGAACGAGCCACGCCGCAAGAAGGUCCCCAGCGAGGCCUCCACUAUGGGCAGCUUCGAGCAGGAGAGAGUGAAACCACGACCUCGCAACUUGGCCUCACUGGAGCCCUUGCCGCCCAAGCUUGCCACCGUGGCAGCAGACAUAGGUCACUGGUAUCACCCAACCACCAAAGAGAAGUGGCAAUUUGUGAUUUUCGUAGAUGAGGGAUCACGGUUUAGAGUAGCACGCAUGGCCUUGCAUGGUAGGAAACAACACGUUUCAGCUGCACUUUUCCUGUCUCUUUUCCGAGAAGCCUGGAUAGAGUACUUUGGAUAUCCCCAGAACCUUAGACUGGAUCCGGAUGGAGCAUUCCGGAGUCACGAGAUCGAAGCGUUUUGCGACAAGCAGCACAUCCAUUUGGAUGUGAUACCUGGAGAGGCACACUGGAAGUUAGGAGUUUGCGAGAACAGUAUCCAGGCAGUGAAACAUAUGCUGUCAGCAAUCGUCGAGGAUCAACCUGACAUCGCCGGUCCAGACGCCCUUGCAGAGAGCAUCAGGGUGUUGAAUAGCCGGGAUGUGGUCCGUGGCUACUCACCAGUUCAGCAUGUUCUUGGACGAGCACCUGAUGAGUUGGGAAGAUUCUUCACCACAGUGGAGAACCCAUGUCCUGAGUUGGUGUCAGAAGCACCAGCACAAGGCCAUGAACGAGAACACCAAAUGCGAUUGGUUGCCGAGAAGUCACUGCUGGAAUGGAAUGCUCAACAGCGCCUGACACGAGCUACCAACUCAAGUCACCGCCGAGUCAUGGACUUUCAGGCGGGAGAACUGGUCUACAUCUGGAGGCGACAGCUGACCGGAAAAGACGCACAGCAGAACAAGGCCGGCGCAGGCCGUUUUGUGGGUCCAGCCCGGAUUUUGGCUACCGAACAACAUCGAGAUGCCCAAGGCGAGCUCCAGCGUGGAAGCUCGGUCUGGCUCGUCCGAGGCCGGAGGCUGCUCAAAUGCUGCCCGGAGCAGCUUCGACGAGCUUCAGAAAGAGAAGUGAUCAUGACAGAGUUGCACGACCAAGAGCCAGCUACAUCUUGGUCCUUUCCCAAGGUCGCCAAUGAGCUUGGGGGAAAUGAGUUUGAGGAUCUGUCGGAAAAGCCUGAUGAGAUGGAAUGGGAAAGAGCUCAAGAUGCACAGCAAGAGUGGCAGCCCACUUGUCGCUAUAGGCAGAAGGGCCCUCCACAAGGACCAUCACGAAGUUCACCACCGACACAUCCAACUCACAGCAGUCAGAACCGUAGCCGCUCACCAAGAACUACGGAACCCACACAUGGUUUCAUUGCCGGCCCACACUGGUCUGACUUGGUGCCCCAGUCCUUAUUUUUGGACACUCCGGAGGUGGCUCCAAGUUUCAUGAGGGAUCAGUGUAUGGCCGUGGAGGUAGGCGUGGAAAUGCCUCAUACUCCAGGACAAUCAGAGCGCGCUCUGAAAAACAUGUCUGCGUACCUGACCACGGCCCUGAAGAAACGAGCAGUAGAAGUGUCCGAGAGGAGACUGACAGAAGAAGAGAAGAAUGAGUUCAACAAGGCCAAGGCCGUGGAGGUGAGCAACUUCAUCGCUGCCAAAGCCUUCGAAGCACUUCCAGGUUCCUUGCGAGUCAAUCGAGAAGAUGCAGUCAAAAUGAGAUGGAUACUGACCUGGAAGAUCAAGGAGGAUGGCUCCAAGAAAGCGAAGGCACGUGCAGUGCUCUUGGGCUACCAAGACCCGAAGUACGAAGAACGGGCCACCAUGGCGCCCACUACAACACGACAGACCAGGCAAAUUCAGCUACAGAUUUCAGCAGCUCUGGGAUUCGUGACCCAAAAGGGAGAUGUGACAGGAGCCUUUCUGCAAAGCCGGGAGUAUCCCGACCAACUGCUGUGCAUACCAACACCAGAGAUAUGCAUCGCCAUGGGCCUCCCACCAGAAACUGUCACAAGGGUCCGUAGGGCUUGCUAUGGACUUGUUGAUGCUCCACUGGAAUGGUACAGAUCGGUAUGCACCUUUUUCCAAUCCCUGGGCCUACAGCGAUGCUGGUCAGACCCUUGCUGCUGGAAGUUAGUGGUCCAAGGUGAGCUAAAAGGGCUCAUCAGUGGACACGUAGAUGAUUUCCUGUUUUCUGGCUGUCCCAAUGAUCCAAUAUGGUCAAAGACCAUUGCGGCCAUUCAGAAAGAGUAUCGGUGGAGCGACUGGGAGCAAGGAAAAUUCACCCAGUGUGGGGUUUUGAUUGAGGCAAGACCUGAUGGUUCAUACCAGCUUUCACAGGAGCAGUAUGUCGAAGAACUCAAAUAUAUCCCCAUCAGAGCUCACCGAAAAAGAGAGCGAAAUAGCAACACUGAUGACUUCGAGAAGUCACAACUUAGAACACUCCUUGGAGGAGUCAGUUGGCAUGCGCAACAGGUAGCACCACACUUUUCUGCUGUCAACAUACGCCAUCCUAAUGAAGUUGUCAACAGUAUCAAGGGAUGUUUGAUCAGUGACUCUAGGAACGUCUACGACAAGGUAAGUAGUGAAGUGCUUUGCGCCAAAGGUGCCGAGCGUAGAGUCGAUCUUACUUUGAUGCGAAUCAAAGAAUCACAGCAUGUCAACCAGGUCAUAGUGAGAUGGGUACACUCAGAUGCACAGUUAGCCAACUCGCUGACUAAGGGUCGCGAACUGAGGCAGCUCCUUCUGUUCUAUGACUUGGGACAUGUCUGGCGUAUCGUAGAAGACCCCUCCAUGUCCAGUGCCCGACGACGUAAAGAGCAAGGUUUGGAACCCCUAGAAGUACCAGAUGCCACUGCAAAGCAACACCACCACAAGCUGCAGCAUAAAGAGCGAGGAAUCACUGACCGGAUCUGA